AUGGAAACAAAAAAAGAAGUAGUAGCAUUCUCUUUGGAUUCAGAAUAUGUCCAAGAAUAUAUUAAAGAAAAUCCAGCUUUUCUUAAUAUUGUUUCUUCUUUGGCUUUAAAUCAAACAUAUUUAGAAUUAUUUAGUCAAUUAAUUUUGGAAGUAAAUGAAGCAAUUGAAUUAAAUAGGCAUAAACAAGAAGAAAUUAAAUUGUGUCGAUUUGGGGAUUUGGAAGUAAAUGAAAAAAUAACGAGAAAGAGAAUGAAUUUGCCUUCUUGUUGUUAUCCUUAUUUUAAAGAUUUUAAUGGAAUGUCUGCAGGUCUGAAUGCCGAAGCUUUAGCAAUUAAAGAACUUUCUGUUGAUCCAUUAAUGGAGGAAGGGCGGCGAUGGAAUUAUUAUGAAAUUAAUUUGUUACGUAUUUCUGUCUGUUCUUCACUUAAAGAUGGAAAAAUUGGAAUUAUUAAUUUUGGAAAAGAAAUUGUUUUAAAUAAAUUAAAUGCUGCGGGUGUUGAAAUAACUAAAACACAAAAACAGAAAUGGAUUGGGGAAAUUGAACGUGCAAACAAACAAAUUGCCAAAAUUCGUGCCCAACCAAUAAAUACUUUUCUUCAAAAAAAUCGUGAUUAUUCUACUGUCGAUUGGGCUAGAAUCUCUGCUAGUGAUUUUAAAGGACUUCGUUCAAUUUCCCAACUUCGCCAAAAAUGGUAUAACCAAUUAUGUCCAAAUUUAAGCAAAACAAAAUGGACAGAAGAAGAAGACAAACAAUUAAUUGAUUUGUCCAAAAAUUUUUCUAAUUGGAAUGUUAUAUCUGAAAAUAUGGGAAAUACUCGAUCGGCAUUUCAAUGCUUUCAACGAUUUAUUUAUUUGAAACAAAAUGGUGGAGAGCCAAAGUUUUUAUAUUUUAAAUUUAAAAUAAACAUAGUGUAA